CUUAUAACGACUAAAUAAUAUUUACUUUGUUUUUAUUUCAAUUGUGCAUAUAUGAAAAUGAGAGACAGUUUCAAAGUGUUGUAGGUUCCAAUCUUAGCUAGCCAUUAGUCGAUCAAGUGUGACAUCGCAAAGGACGGUGUUCUCUGCCAGCAGCUGGUUCUGUAUAAAUGGCCGAGAAUUGUAUAUAAAAUAUAGUAAAUGACAGUGAAAAUAGUUUUAAGUUUCCACGAUGGAGGAAGAAGAUGAUGAAAUUGUUAAAGAGAUGCCGGUAUAUCUCUCCAAAGAAUUAGCAAAUCAGUUGUACAUAUUUCAAUAUCCAGUCAAACCCCCGUCAUGUACUUUCGAAAAAGCUCGUGUAAUGAACAGUCGUAUAAAGCCCAACCACCAGGAAGUGAGAAUAGAAUUUGCUCUGGACACCUCAAGUGAGAAUUAUGAUUAUUCCAAAGGAGAGCAAAUUGCAAUUAAUACUGAUGGAGCGACGCCUAACUCAAGUAGGGAUAACUCUUCGUCCUCUGCAUUUUUCAAAAGUGGGGUGAUGGACAAGCAAUGUUACUCGAGCUCAGGAACUGUUGGCAAGCAAGAAAUCCAGAAAUAUGCUUUAGCAUCUAUUCGAGAUGGUGAACUGCAGUGUACUCCUUUAGCAGGAAUAGUCCAAUUGCAUCCUAGUUUUUCAUAUUUUGACAAAUUUGAUAAACGAACAAAGGCUGAGGAAAAAGCAGAAAAAGAAGCAGAUUUAGAUGAAGAAGAAAUACAGCAGGUCACUGUAAAAUUUGCUCGUGUGGAAAGUGAUAAAGUAAAAAAAGCUCGUGAAAAGUCUUAUGGAUAUCUUUCUAAAAAGAGUGAAGAGGAACCAUGGUGUGAAACUGUAUAUUAUCAAAAUGAUACAAAUGAAGCUGAGUUGGAAAAAUUGCGACUGGUUUGUCAAAAUACCAAUGAUGUGGGCCAUGCACUGUCAUUUACAGGAGAUGAAUACUUAAAGUCGUUAAUGCCUUUGGAAGUUGAGGAUGGUGGAACAUUACCUUCGUUGCCUUCCCAUGUUUUGUCUCUAAAUGCUCUCAAAACAUUACCACUAUUAGAUCAAAUCAAACUUCUACUAAAAGAUGCUAAACUGAUAACAUUUCAACAUUUAUCACUAAUUCUUGCUCAAGAGUCUUUAACAACUGAUAAAUUACUUAAAACCUUGCCACAAGCUGGUAUGCUUAUUCGUGGUUGUUGGACUGCACGUUCUGAAGUACUGUAUCCUCCUGAUACUCGAUCUGGUAGCAGUGGGGUUCCUGCUGAAUUAAUGUGUCGAGGACGGGAUUACGUGAUAUAUUUAUUUACUGAAAAUCAAUAUGUAGAUAGACGAAGAGUAUCUGCUGAAGUAAAACUUCCACCAGAUGAAAUAAAGGAAAUUCUUUCAUCUGUGGCUAGAUUGCGAUAUGGCAAAGGGUGGGAAUUAUUGAUUCCUCCAGAUUUAACUUUUGAACAAAAGCACCAAGAUAUAGUGCAGAGACAAGCAUUAAUGUGGCAAGCCAAGCAAAGACUGUUUUCUGAAAUGCUCAAAGAACCUGUUAAUGCGUCAGGUAUUAAAAGACAAAGAAAACGAUCUCAGAGAGAGUCAGUAAGCCUGGAUGAUGCAUCAUCUCCAGUCAAAGGACAAAACCAUAUCAAUGGUCUUGAAGAAACAAUGAAAUGCAAUGGUGUAAACGUUAAAAGUAGUAUAAUCGAGGGUGAAUCUGAUAGCUGAAGAAAAGCGAGAUU